AAUGCAUUCAGAUGAGUACUUAAUAGUUGGUGCGAUCGACUUUGGAACAACUUAUUCAGGGUAUGCUUUUUCAACAAGACAUGAGUAUGAUGAGGAUCCGACAUCCAUUUCAAACAGAACUUGGACAGCUUCUUCUGGGCAAUUGCAGUCACUUAAAAUACCAACUUGUGCCUUGUUUACACCUGAGAUGACUUUUCAUUCCUUUGGAUAUGAGGCACAAGACAAAUACGUCAGUCUUUCUUCGGCAGAGGAUCAUAAGGACUGGUUCUUUUUCCGACAUUUUAAAAUGAAACUUUACAAUGAAACGACAAUUAGUGAUGAUUUUCAAUUAGAAUCAUUGGACGGAAGGAAGACUUUAUCUGCAGUCCUGGUUUUUAGCUCUGUUAUCCGCCAUCUGAGAGAACAAAUGCUAUCGGACAUUCAUUUUACAAACCUGAACAUCCAUGAGUAUGGUCUGCGAUGGGUUAUAACCGUACCAGCAAUUUGGACAGAUGCAUCAAAGUCCUUCAUGAGAAAAUGUGCUGUUAGGGCUGGAAUUGAUGACGAAAGAUUAGUAAUAGCCUUAGAACCAGAAGCGGCGGCUAUGUACAGCAACUUUGUGGCAGUCAUAAACCCUGACAGUCACAUCAGAAUUACCAAUGGGACGAAGUAUUUAGUUUGCGACGCAGGUGGUGGGACAGUGGACAUAACUGUCCAUGAAAUGGUAGAUGACGAAGGACAUGUGCGCGAACUUUACAAAGCUUCUGGUGGUAAUUGGGGUGGAACUAAUGUCGAUGAGGAAGUGCAGAAACUUUAUGAGAAAAUCAUAGGAAAAGAUUUAAUGGAGAAGUUUCGUCACGAAUACCCUGAGGAUGCUCUUGAGUUUGCAAGAGAAAUAGAAACAAAGAAACGGUCUUUUCACUCAAAAGUUGAGAGAAUUUCAUUUUAUGUUUCAGAGUCUUUGGUGACAUUAUAUGAAGAAGAAACCGGAAAUAGUUUCUCUAUGGAUAUGAUUGCAUCAUCCAGCUUAGCAAAUAAUGUGGUCAUUUCUGACGAAAGAAUCCGUAUCAAAGGAAGUUAUUUCCGAACCUUUUUUGAUAGAUCUAUAGCAAAGAUUUGUGAUCAUUUGAAAGAGAUCUUUCAAAAGCAGAAUACAAGGGAUGUUGGUUUAAUCCUUCUUGUUGGGGGAUACGCCGAGUCUCCUAUCCUACAAAGUGCUAUUAAGACCGCUUUUCAAGAUAAGGAAUUGCUUGUGCCAAAGGAUGCAGGACUAUCAGUUUUAAAAGGUGCUGUCAUAUUUGGUCAUAAUCCAAAUCUUAUCAUUGAAAGAAAAGCAAAAUACACUUACGGAAUAAGGUGUUGGGAGGAAUUUGAAGAGGGGAAACAUAAAGAAGAAUACAAAAUAAAAAGUGAAGGAAGUUUCUGGUGUUGUAAUAUAUUUUGUCGUCAUGUUACAAUCGGUGACACGCUCAUUGCAGGAAAAAGCCAAUCAACAAAAACAUACACCAAGCAGGAAGAGGCAAAUUUUGCUAGAGUAGCUGUUUAUGCUAGUUUAGAGGAAAAUCCAACAUAUGUAACUGAUGCAGGGUGCUUUUAUUUAGGUGGAAAAGAUCUAGAGUUUGAAAAUGGAAAAUUCUUAGGUGCAAGCACUGUGGAAGUUCAAAUGGCUUUUGGUGGUACGGAAAUUGAGAUGACAAUGACAUGCAAAGUAACUGGACGAGUCACAAAAUUUCAUCUUGAAAAUGAUAAGGAGUAAAAACUAUUGCUAAUUGGAAUAUUGACGGGAAUGAUUAAAUGAAUGGUUUCCAGAUCCAAGGCAAAUUUUGAUGAGACAUUAAAUUCAGAGCUUCAAUAGUGUAACUCCAUAAUCUUAUUGUAGAUCUGGACUUCACAAAUAUGU